GUCACGCCGGACGGAGCGUUUUCGUGUGGACACUGCCCCGGGGCACUCAGCAGCGAAUCCCGAGCCCGCGGCGGAGGCUCGAAGAGUGCCGGACAGGGACCCGGGAAGAAGGCUAAGCCCAAGCUCAGACGCACAGAACCGGCUAGUUGCUAGUUGGAGAGAGAGAUCGGACCCCAGAGCUCCUCUGUCCUCCUGCCGUUGGCUGCCUCUUCAAGAAGCUCCGAGCAGAAAAGGGAGGUGGCAUUUUAGCAAAAGGCCUUGGGGGUUCCAAGUCCAACUUGUCCCCGGCCUGUGAGGGUGUGGCUCAGUUUGCCUAUCUGUAAAGGGGCGAUUAGUCCCCGCCUCGUGGGUGGGGAAACUGUGAGGCGGCCGAGAAGACUACACGCUCUCAGCCGAGGCCGUCCGCCCCACCCCCGGCCCGGGAGCAUCUCUGGCCACCGCGGACCGUUGUCUGGGGCGGAGUCUUCGUUCUCUUCUGCACUCGGGAACUUGGGACGGACCCUUGCCGCUGGUUCCACACCGGGCCCCGGCUCGGCGGGGGGCGCGCCGGAAGUGCUCCUGCGGAAGCCGGCGGGGCGGCGCGCGCCCCUUCACCAUGGCGACGGCUGGGGCCCCGCGGCGCUUCUGCCGCUGCGCCUGCUUCUGCUCCGAGAACUUGUACGUGGCGCGCUACGGGCUCCACGUGCGCUUCCGGGGCGAGCAGCAGCUGCGCCGGGACUACGGCCCGAUCCUGCGCAGCCGAGGGUGUGUCAGCCCCAAGGACUUCCAGCAGCUGUUAGGAGAGCUUGAGCAGGAGGUGGAGCGACGGCAGCGGCUGGGGCAGGAGUCGGCUGCCAGGAAAGCCCUCAUCUCAAGCUCCUACCACCCAGCGCGGCCUGAUGUCUACAACACGCUGCAGGAUGAGGCUCUGGCCCCCGAGUUUUUGGCUGCAGCUGAGUACAGCACAUCACCGGGUGCAGACCUUGAAGGCCUUCUCCAGCGGCUGGAGACGGUGUCUGGGGCGAAGCGUAUCUAUCGGCUGCCAGUGCUCACGGCACCGUUCUGCCAGGCCCUGCUGCAGGAGCUGGAGCACUUCGAGCAGUCAGACAUGCCCAAGGGAAGACCCAACACCAUGAACAAUUACGGGGUGCUGCUGCACGAGCUAGGCCUGGAUGAGCAGCUGGUGACGCCGCUGCGGGAGCGCUUCCUGCAGCCACUGACCGCGCUGCUGUACCCGGACUGUGGUGGGGGCUGGCUCGACAGCCACCGGGCCUUCGUGGUCAAAUACGCGCCAGGCCAGGACCGCGAGCUCGGCUGCCACUAUGAUAACGCUGAGCUCACCCUCAACGUGGCCCUUGGCAAGGCCUUCACGGGGGGCGCCCUGUACUUCGGGGGCCUCUUCCAGGCGCCUUCAGCCCUGGCCAGGCCCCUGGAGGUGGAGCACGUGGUGGGCCAGGGCAUCCUGCACCGGGGCGGCCAGCUGCACGGGGCUCGGCCCCUGGGCACGGGCGAGCGCUGGAACCUUGUCGUCUGGCUCCGGGCCUCUGCGGUGCGUAACCGUUUGUGCCCCAUGUGCUGCCGCAAACCUGACCUGGUGGACGACGAGGGCUUCGGCGACGGCUUCACCCGCGAGGAGCCCCCCACGGUGGAUGUGUGCGCUCUGACUUGAGCCAGGCCGGGCCGUGUGGGCGUAGCAUGGCAGCCCAGGGCUCUGCCUCCUUGGGUUGGGUGGGACAGGAAUAAACUCCCUGCAGCCCUCAGGUACUUCUUGGUUCAAAAGGACACACCAGCUUCUGCGUCAUUCUUUUCCCAGACAGGCUGGCUUGGGUCAGGUUUGUUAGAGCCAGAGCCUGAGAUGGGGAUUCCUGGGCAGGUGGUUUGUUGAAGGAAAACCUUCAGGAGAAGGGCGUGAGGGAAGGACAGGGCGGGAAGGAGCUGGGCCAAGAUGUGAUUUCAAAGGGCAUCCAGCCUCAGCCCAAUCCCGCAGAACUCUCUGGAGCAUGAAUCUAGCAGUCUGCCCCCUGCGUCAGAGAGGCUAUAGGGUGUGUCCGGGCUGUGCUGGGCGGGUGAGUGGGGAGGUGGCAGUAACUUCCCAGAUAACCAUCUCCAGGGCAGUUGGCUCCCAGUGACCGAGGGAACCUUCCAGAGAAGAGUACAGGUGAGUCAGGAACACACACCACAGCAGGGAUGGAGAGCAUCUGUCUAUAAAGGGGAUUGGGGUGAGCCACCAAUAGCAACUUCUAGUUGGUGAUGAGGGCUUAGCACAGCGGGGUUUAAGAGCAGGGACUCUGGAGCCAGACUGCCUGGGUUCAAAUUCUGAUUCUGCGGCUUCCAGUGGUGUGACUGUGGGGCAGCCACGGGACCUCUUUGUGCCUCGGUUUCCUCUUCUGGAAAGAACCUAUCUCCUAAAGCUGUUGUGAGAGUCAAAUGA